AUGAUGCCAGGCGCUGGCACCCUCGUGCUGCUGCUCCUGACCCUGUACGUGGAGCUUCCUCCUGCCCCAGCCCAGCAGCACCGAGCAGGGGACCAUGGCGCUGCCCCUGCUGCCAGCCCGCCGCCACGCCGUGCCCCACGGGGCCGCCAGCCGCCUGCCACCCCGCCGGCCCCGGGCAAAGCAGGAGAGUGCCCGGCAGCGGGGAGCGGCCCCCUGCGCCUCACCAGGCUGUACUGCCUCUCCGACCACAGCUGCCCCGGGGCCGAGAAGUGCUGCCGCCGCGGGGAGGUCCGCGCCUGCCUCCUCCCUGCCACAGAGAGCCCAGGCUACUGCCCCCGUGCCGGCCCCAGCGGGGCGAGCUGCGGGGCGAGCUGCGGCAACGACACCGCCUGCGGCCCUGCGGAGAAGUGCUGCGCCCGCAGCUGCUGCGCCCGCUGCCUGCCAGCAGAGCCAGCCAAACCCGGCCUUUGCCCGCGGAAGCGAGCGCGGCGCGGUGCGGCGGCGUGCCCCAGCCGCUGCGCUGACGACAGGGACUGCCCCGGGGACCGCAAGUGCUGCUUCUCCGGCUGCGGCCUGGCCUGCACCUCCCCGCACACAGCAAAGCCCGGUGUGUGCCCCGUGGUGCUGCGGGGCUCCCUGGGGCCCUGCGAGGAGCUGUGCGACACCGACGGCGACUGCCCUGGGGCGAGGAAGUGCUGCUCCACCGGCUGCGGCCACGUCUGCAAACCGCCCACCGAGGCACGGCCUGGGCUCUGUCCCCCCUCAGCCGCCGGUGUCGGAGCAGGCGAGUGCCUCAUCCUGUGCCUGGAGGACAAGGACUGCCCCCCCAGCCAGAAGUGCUGCCUGCGGGACUGCGGCCGGGCGUGCGUCCCCCCGCUGCAGGGCGCAGCCUAGCCCUGGCUGGGGAGGGCGGCACGGGGAGCUGCCGUUUUGGGGCCGUUCCCACCCCGUGCCAUCACAUCUCCGUGACGAGCCAGAGGCGCGAGGCGAAGCCCCACUUCCCGCUCCCGCUGCGCCUGCCCAGCCUGUGCAGGGCGCAGGUGCCCCCGGUCUGCUUGGAAGUACUGAAACAGAAUAAAGCAGCUCCUGGCAGCCCGGCUGCUGGCCGUCCCCGUGGUUUGCUGGGGGGUGGCGUGGUGCAGGCAGCCGGGGGGUGCAGGCAGGUGCCGUGGUGGGCGCGCAGCUCCAGCAGCCGCGGGGCAGGGAGAGGCUCCGUUCCCAUGUGGGCGCCUCCUGGGCACCCCCACCCCGCCGUGACCACCCCGACGGGUCCCAGGACACAUCGCUG